UGCCGGAAGGAACCAUGAGUUGGCACUUCCCCUGCUUCCUCCUGGCCACCGUGACUUUGCCCUCCGCGUGCCUGCAGUUCAAUCCUCGGCCUCUGGAGGAACUGGGCUCUGACAUAGGAAUCCAGGUUUUCAAUCAGAUUGUCAAGUCGCGGCCUCGUGACAACAUCAUCGUUUCCCCCCAUGGCAUCGCAUCCGCCUUGGGGAUGCUGCAGCUGGGAGCCAGCGGCAGAACGAAGCUGCAGCUUGCCAUGAUGAUGAAAUACAAUGUGAACGGACUCGGUAAAAUGUUAAAGAGGAUCAACAAGGCCAUCGUCUCCAAGAAGAACAAAGACGUCGUGACCGUGGCCAACGCCAUGUUUGUGGAGAAGGCCUCUAAACUCGAAGCGCCUUUCGUCGCGAGAAACAAGGAUGUGUUUCAGUGCAAGGUCUGGAAUCUCAACUUUGAGUCUCCAGCCUCCGCCUGUGACUCCAUCAAUGCGUGGGUUAAAAACGAGACCAGGGGUAUGAUCGACAACCUGCUCUCCCCGGACCUUAUCGAUGGUGUGCUGACCAAGAUGGUCCUGGUUAACGCCCUGUAUUUUAAGGGUCUGUGGAAGUCACGAUUUCGGCCUGAGAAUACGAAGAAACGUACAUUUGUGGCAGCCGACGGAAAGUCCUAUCAAGUGCCGAUGCUGGCCCAGCUCUCCUUGUUUCAGAGUGGGUCGACAAGCACCCCCAGUGGCUUAUGGUACAACUUCAUUGAAUUACCCUACCAUGGGGAUAGCAUCAGCAUGCUGAUUGCACUGCCGAGCGAGAGCUCCACCCCACUCUCGGCCAUCAUCCCUCACAUCAGCACCAAGACCAUCGACAGCUGGAAGAGCAUGAUGGUGCCCAAGAGGGUGCAGGUCAUCCUGCCCAAGUUCACAGCUGUAACACAAACAGAUCUGAAGGAGCCACUGAAAGCUCUUGGCAUCAUCGACAUGUUUGAUCCAUUAAAGGCAAAUUUUGCAAAAAUCUCAAGGUCAGAAAACCUUCAUGUUUCUCAAAUCUUGCAAAAAGCAAAAAUCGAAGUCAGUGAAGAUGGAACCAGAGCUUCAGCAGUCACAGCUGCAAUUCUAAUUGCAAGGUCGUCGCCUCCCUGGUUUAUAGUGGACAGACCUUUUCUAUUUUUCAUCCGACAUAAUCCUACAGGUGCCUUCUUAUUCAUGGGGCAGAUAAACAAACCCUGAAGAGUAUGCGGAAGCAAAGCACCAAGCCAACUUUGCUAUGAAGGGGAGACUCUGCCUACAUCUUUCAUAGUUCUGUUAAAUAUUUUUGCACAUUACUUUCUUUUUCAAAAUUAGUUCUUAGGAACAGAGACUCGAUGAUGCAAGCAUUUCUAUUCUGGGACGUAUUAAAGGGGGCAAAAAAGGGCUGGCUGGCUGGAACAUUGUACUGAGUAAUGGUAGAAAGGCUCCCAAAUGUCUAAAAGAUUCUUUAAACUACUGAGUAUUUACUGUCCAAGUCAGGAUGUUUGUUUUGUUUCGUUUAUGUGUGGCUUUUCAGAAGAAAUUUAAUCAGUGCGAUGAGGGGGGGAAAGACAUUUUAUGGUAGCUUUUACUUUUUUAUGAAAAAAAUAUUAUUGGCCUUUUUAAUUCUUUUUGUUGUUGUUGUCUCAUCCAAAGUCUUGAUAGUAAGCAUUAUUUUGGGGGUAGAAAUAGAAAAAUCUCUAGUCUUGUGUGUUUUUGUUGUUCUUGUUGUCGUCGUUUUAUAUAAUGCAUGUAUUCACUAAAAUAAAGUUUAAAAAACUAAUGUCUUGCUAGACAAGGUUUGCUGUUGUGCAGUGUGCCUGUCACUACUGGUCUGUACUCUUUGGAUUUGCAUUUUUGUAUUUUGUACAAAGUAAAAAUAAAGUAUUAUGAGUAGUAAAAGAAAA